UGGGCGCGCGCUGUUUCCGGAAGUGGCCGCCGUGGUCUCCCCUGCCGCUUCCUCUGCUGCCGCGGAAGCGGCGAAUCUCUCGGUGUAGAACGGCUGAGGCCGGCCGGGGCAGGGCCGGGAUUCCGGCCACUCUGCAGAAUGGAGAUAAUCAGGAGCAAUUUUAAGAGUAACCUUCAGAAAGUGUACCAAGCCAUAGAGGAGGCUGACUUCUUCGCCAUCGAUGGGGAAUUUUCAGGAAUCAGCGAUGGACCUUCAGUCACUGCAUUAACAAAUGGUUUUGAUACUCCAGAAGAAAGGUAUCAAAAGCUUAAAAAGCAUUCCAUGGACUUUUUGCUCUUUCAGUUUGGCCUUUGCACUUUUAAGUAUGACAACACAGAUUCCAAGUAUAUAACGAAGUCGUUUAACUUCUAUGUUUUCCCGAAACCCUUCAAUAGAUCCUCGCCAGAUGUCAAGUUUGUCUGUCAGAGCUCCAGCAUUGACUUUCUAGCCAGCCAAGGAUUUGAUUUUAAUAAAGUUUUUCGCAAUGGCAUUCCAUAUUUAAAUCAAGAAGAGGAAAGACAGUUGAGAGAGCAGUACGACGAGAAACGUUCACAGGCCAAUGGUGCAGGAGCUCUCGCAUACGUGUCUCCUAACACCUCGAAGUGUCCCGUGACGGUUCCUGAGGAUCAGAAGAAGUUCAUAGACCGAGUAGUAGAGAAAAUAGAAGAUUUAUUACAAAGUGAAGAAAAGAAGAACUUGGACUUAGAGCCAUGUACUGGGUUUCAAAGAAAACUAAUUUAUCAGACUCUGAGCUGGAAGUAUCCCAAAGGCAUUCAUGUUGAGACUCUAGAAACUGAAAAGAAGGAGCGAUACAUAGUUGUCAGCAAGGUAGAUGAAGAAGAACGCCAAAGAAGAGAGCAACAGAAACACGCAAAAGAACAGGAGGAACUGAAUGAUGCUGUGGGAUUUUCUAGGGUCAUUCACGCCAUUGCUAAUUCAGGAAAGCUUGUUAUCGGACACAACAUGCUCUUGGACGUCAUGCACACAGUUCACCAGUUCUACUGCCCUCUGCCUGCGGAGUUAAACGAGUUUAAGGAGAUGACAGCAUGUGUUUUCCCCAGACUCUUGGAUACUAAAUUGAUGGCCAGCACACAACCUUUUAAGGAUCUCAUUAACAACACAUCCCUUGCGGAAUUGGAAAAACGGUUAAAAGAGACACCUUUCAACCCUCCUAAAGUGGAAAGUGCAGAAGGUUUCCCAAGUUAUGACACAGCUUCUGAACAGCUGCACGAGGCAGGCUAUGAUGCUUAUAUCACAGGACUGUGCUUCAUCUCCAUGGCAAACUUCCUAGGUUCUUUUCUCAGUCCUCCAAAAAUUCAUGUGUCUGCCAGAUCAAAACUCAUUGAACCUUUUUUUAACAAGCUAUUUCUUAUGAGAGUCAUGGAUAUCCCCUAUCUAAACUUGGAAGGACCAGACUUACAGCCCAAACGUGAUCACGUUCUCCAUGUGACAUUCCCCAAAGAAUGGAAGACCAGCGACCUUUACCAGCUCUUCAGUGCCUUCGGUAACAUUCAGAUAUCCUGGAUUGAUGACACAUCAGCGUUUGUUUCUCUCAGCCAGCCUGAGCAAGUACAGAUUGCUGUCAAUACCAGCAAGUACGCAGAGAGCUAUCGGAUCCAGACCUAUGCUGAAUAUGUAGGGAAGAAACAGGAGGAGAAGCAGAUCAAGAGAAAGUGGACGGAAGACAGCUGGAAGGAGGUGGAGAGAAAGCGUUUAAACACUCAAUGCAUAUCCUACGCUCUACAGAAUCAUUAUUACCGCACCAGUAGUUUCACAGCUACCAGCACAGGAGGAAAGAGAAAUCUGAGUCCUAGUCAGGAAGACGCUGGUUUGGAGGACGGAGUAUCCGGGGAGACUUCUGACAUUGAGCUUGAGCAGACAGAUGCUUGUGCAGACUCCCUCUCAGAGGGGAGGAAGAAGGCGAAGAAACUGAAAAGGAUGAAGAAAGACCAUUCUCCAGCAGGAAGCGUCUCGGACAGCCCUGCUGAGCUCUUUGAAGUCCCUGACACGUGGUAACCGAGUCCUGAGGGGA